AUUUAUGAAAGAAAAGAUAUUCCUGAAGCUACUAAGUAUGUCCUGUCUGUCCUGAAAUUUACCUACCCUACCCUUUUUCAAGGGUGGCAGACAUUAGUGGGUGGACUUCUGCUUCAUGUCUCCUGGAAGCUGGGCUGGGUGGAGAUAAACUUGUGUUCAAGGUCUGAAAUCCUGUCGUGGCUUCCUGCUUCAGUACUGUUUGUUGGCAUUAUUUAUGCUGGCUCUAGGGCACUGUCUAGAUUGCCGAUCCCGGUGUUCCUCACGGUGCACAGCGCAGCAGAAGUUAUAACCUGUGGGUUCCAGAAGUUUGUGCAGAAAGAGCAGACCUCUCAUCUGAAAGUCUGUAGUGCGCUGUUCCUCCUGGUAGCAGCAGUGUGCCUUCCUUUAUGUGACACACAGUUUGAUCCAAAUGGUUAUUUAUGGGCUCUAAUUCACUUGAUCUGUGUUGGGGCUUACAAAGUAUUUCACAAGUUAUGGAAACCGAGCUCUUUAAGUGAUCUGGACCAACAGUACAUCAACUAUGUAUUCAGUGUGGUGCUCUUGGCCUCUGCAUCCCAUCCAGCAGGUGAUCUCUUCAGUGCCUUGGACUUUCCAUUUCUGUACUUCUACAGGUUUCAUAGCAGCUGCUGUGCCAGUGGACUGUUGGGAUUCUUUCUGAUGUUGCACACAGUGAAGCUAAAAAGCAGCACAACCUCAGGGCAAUAUGCAGCAUGGAGUUUCCUUGCAAAGGGGAGAGCGGUGGAUGUCAUUUGCCUUGACAUUAACAAGGCUUUUGGCAAAUCAGAUAGAGUGUACUCAUGUUUGCAAAGGACACCGAACUGGGCGGACCAGUCAGUGACGCUGAAGGACAGGGCUGCCUUCCAGGGGAACCCGGACAGGCUGGAGGAAUAG